AUGACAGCUGAAAGCGAGACUAUGAGUGCUGCAGAGGACCUGACUGAAUCAACAGAAAGCAAGGAAGCUUUAGACGUGAAGACUGAAAAGAAGGGAGAAGAAUCUACUCCUGAAGUGACACGAUCGGAAGGGGAUCCCGAACGCAAAGAUGAAGGCUCUAUUCCUCCCGCGAUACCGGUAGACAAGGAGAAAUAUGGUGAUUCUAGUGAGAGCAAGGUUUCGGAAGGCCAAGAGAGCAGCACUAUCGCCGCCCCCAUGCCCAACUAUCCUCAAGCCCAACCUCAGCUCCCGAACCCGUACGUCCAAUACGUUCCACCUUAUCAAGCUAUCGUAAGAGGCUUGACGGGGGACGCUGUGGGAAGCAAGGAUGAUGAUACCGGUACACCUGAGGAGGAGGAAUCCAAGGGUGGCUAUAAAGACUAUUCCAAACUCUCGGACCCCGUUCCUGACGGGAGGAAUCGGGGCGGGGUUAUGGAAGUUUUCCCAGUCAAGCUGCACAGAAUGCUAAGACAAACAGAAUAUGAAGGAAAGGCUGAUAUUGUAUCAUUCUGUCCACAUGGGAGAGCGUUCAAUAUUCACAAACCAAAAAGAUUUGAAGCAGAGAUAAUGACCAGAUACUUUCGGCAAACCCGAGUCCAAAGCUUUCAACGACAGUUAAAUUUGUACGGCUUCAAACGAAUCACUCGUGGUCCGGAUACUGGAGGCUAUUAUCAUGAGCGAUUUCUAAGAGGACGACCAGGCCUCUGCGUCAAUAUGCAGAGAGUUCGAAUCAAGGGAGUUCCAAAACAACCCGACGACCCAGAUUCGGAGCCAGAUUUCUACUCCCUUCCAACACUCCCAGAUGUAGCAAGCAAUUUUCCACAGCAUAUUCCUAUGCACCACAUGAUACCACCUCACAUGUUUACACCAUACAUGUACCCGAUGCCUGCCGGAGUUGCAGGCCCAUACACGAUUGCUCAAACUCAUCCUCCUGGACUGCAUCCGUACGCUGCUGCGCAAUUUGGAAAGAAUGGUGCUCCUCAAUCUAUGCCCCAACCGUACGGUUCUUUUCCUUUCCCGUAUCCCAUGAUGCCUCAGCAGUGCCAAGAGAAGGUCUCGCUGGAAGCUACUACCGAGGGAGGCGAAAUGAAGCCACCAGAAGCAAAGACGGAGAACGUGGACAUCGUCUUGGAUAAUACUGAUGUAUCUGAAAAGGUUGAUGUCUAG